UGUGUAUAUAUAUAUAUAUGUGUGUGUGUGUUGUAUCUCUAAUGUCAGUCACAGAUAAUUGGAUCCUCAUUAAUGAAACUGUAAAUACAGAAUAAAUGAUCUCGCCUCCUCCGGAAAUGAAUACACGAUGUGAAUAUCAGUUAAUAAUCCGUCAGUUCAGUGUGUAAGUGAUCCGAUGAGCUGCCAGUAAUUAACAUCAGUGUGACGUUCCUCAGAGAUUCAUUACAACAGUUCAUAUGGACAUCAGCGUGUGACGGAUGAGUUCAGUGCACAUGUUUCUCUGCAGGAUGUGUAAGAGACAUCUUCAGGAGGUUCUCUCACUGGUUCUGCUGGUGCUGUUCAUGGUGGCUCUUCUGGGACUUCCAGCACAAUCCGAAGAGCAUCAAGCGCUGUAUCACGUGCGGACGGGCACGUGUGAGGUGGUGGCGUUACAUCGAUGCUGCAAUAAAAACAAGAUUGAAGAACGAUCACAGACCGUCAAAUGCUCGUGUUUCCCAGGACAGGUCGCGGGAACGACCCGAGCGGCUCCUUCCUGCGUCGACGCGCUGAUCGUGCAGCAGAAGUGGUGGUGUCAGAUGCACCCGUGUCUGGACGGAGAGGAGUGUAAAGUGCUGCCGGACCUGAAAGGAUGGAGUUGUGCGACUGGAAAUAAGAUCAAGACCACAAAGAUCUCCUCGGACCAGGAUCAGCUCUGGUGACCGCUGGAAACCAGAUACAGACGUAUAGAGACGCUCCGUGUCCGUCACACCUUUACUCAUGGAAUUAUUCAGACAUGGAUCAGAAACUCCUGGAGAUCAGAGGUUUGAUCUUUUGUGAAUUGGGAAUAUGCUGGGAACAGAGUUGGCUUUACAGCACAAGAGAUGAGGAGAGAAUUCCUGUUUCAACAUCUGUGUGGAUUAAUACAUGUAUGAUGGAUUACAGAGAUACUGUUUGACACGUGCGUCUCUCACAACUGCAGUGAUGUUUUGCCUCAUUAAAGAUGACGGAGGAUUCAGAUAAUUGGGAUAAAUGGUUUGAUUCAAAGUGUUGGGAAAGUUGCAUUCAUAUGGCCAAUAAAGGUCAUGAAACUUUGUCAGAUUUAAAGACAAAUAUUGCGCUUUUGUUUCUGUAUUUAUUAAAAUUCUCAUAUGAAUGUUCAUGUAUCUUCAUAUUGCUUUGCGCAGGAAUGCAUCAUAUCAGUUAAGUUAAUAACAUUAAUACAGACUAUCGUUACAGGUUUAGUGUGAAAGUUUCCUUUAACUAUGAAGCUUUUUGCGGUGUAUAAAUGAUGAAAUAUGCUCAUAAUAAACUAUGAUUGUCUUCAUAUAUCAGAGCUAAAUAUUUCUUUUGUACAUGUCUGAUCACUAAAGGCCGUCUGUGCUCCUCAGAGCAUGUUAAAACAGUGUGUUAAUGAAUAAUAAUUUGUCACAGGUGAGGUGGGCGGGACAGGAAGUCUUUAAAUGGUUCUCAGGUGCCGCUUGAUUAAAUGUACACACGUUGUGUGUUGGAAACGCAGCAGCUU